CAUCCUCCCAUAAAUAACCCGCUACUUCUAACCCCUUCGGUUUCAAGCAGUAACACCUCAACAAGUGUUCUUCCCCUAGAUUCCCUUCUCGACCCCUCUCUAUAGAAAAACGCUGUGGAACUUCUUUAAUCAUGGUGAGAGAAAUCGAAUCGAAGAGAAGCAACAACACCAUAAAAUUUCUCUGCAGCUACGGCGGCAAGAUUCUUCCUCGUUCCGGAGACGGCAAGCUCCGUUACGUUGGCGGACUCACCAGAGUUCUGUCCGUCGAUAGGUCCAUUUCCUACGCAGAGCUGAUGGUGAAGCUGGGUGAAUUUUGCGGAUAUUCCGUGAAUUUGAGGUGUCAAUUGCCCAACGGUGACUUGGAGACUUUAAUUUCGAUAAAAUCCGAUGAAGAUUUGGCUAAUCUGAUUGAAUUUUACAACCAAGCUUCUGCUUCUUCUUCAAAGAUCAGGGCAAUCCUUUCGCCGCCUAAAUAUCUCAAGCAGAUCUCUCCUCCUCCGUCAAGUCCAUCGAGUAUCGAUCUCUCCGCGCCAAAGUCGAUCGACUCUCUGGUGAAAGAUCAUUUACGUCACCGGAGUUCUUCUCCACCGUUGAGAUUUAUUAGAGACUCCGGUAAAGCUUGUUAUCGUCACUGCCAUGUACACGGUAGCCCUAGGUUUUUUCACAACGUUCCUCAUUCUAAUUACCGGUACUAGACCAAUCGCAGAAGAACAUAGAAAAAAAAGGACGAAUGAAAGAAGCGUCCUUGCUUUGCCUUGCCUUUGAGAGGCUUAUAUGGCAAAAAAAAGUAUUCUCGAUACUAAAAACUUCUAAAUUUCUAAGUUUGUAUUUGGCAUUGUUUGUAAAUAGAGAAUUGAGUGAGGAGGAAUUGUCUUUCCAUGCCCAAUUUCAGUCGUUCUUGAGUUGAUACAGAAUUGUCACCGUUAGGGUUCUGUUAAGUUCCAUUAACAGCCGUCUUUUCUACGCACGCCGCCACUUGUGACACGCAGCGGUGAUCGGUUCACCUUGACCGAGGAGAAAAUUUGAAAAUGUAAACUCGACGCGUACAGGAAGCAGUCGAUUGUGUUUGUGACACGUGUUUUGACUAAGGAACAAGUGUUGAUUAAGGAUGGAAUCAGAUUCUGGCUGUGGGUACAGGUUUAGAAAUUCUGGAGAGAACGUUUCGCACUGGCAACGAAGUUUCUAUCUGGGUUCUGCUGGGAUGUAAUGCAAGGUUAGACCAAGAAAGUGGGCCAAAAAAUUUUUAAUUAAGAUGGUGGAGUACUAAGAAGACAAAGAUGGUGUCAAAGAAAGGACGAAAACAAGAAAGAGCAGUUGGCAAA